CCCCUUCGCGCCUAGGCGUAGCCUCCGGGGUGGAAGAGUGACGGGGGUCUUGGGGGAUCCUGGCCGAGGCUUCCCCAGGUGCAGAUUCGCCCCCUUCCCCAAAGCACGCAGUGGUGGGCUGCCUGCAGGUGGCUGAGCUCGGCUUUGAAGCCCAGGUUUCUCCUUGGAGGUGACGGCCGGGCAUCCCUGCCAGUCUCUUCUCCCGGCUGCUGGGGUCGCCCCCAGACUCUGGCCCGGCGCCGUGCCUGGCUCAUAGUGGGUGCUGUGUGCACGCGUGCUGACCGGGGGCAGGUGACGCUGGCCGCGGAGCCGGCACCCCCGGCGGGUGGGCGCCGGGCAGCGCGGUCUCCGGGUGCCUGUUGGAUGCGUCGUGGCUGAGGUCUCAUAGUUCCUAGGAGGACCAUGUCGCUAGACUUUGGUAGCAUGGCGUUACAGACACAAAACGAGGAUGAAGAAUAUGACAAAGAAGACUAUGAAAGGGAAAAAGAGUUGCAGCAGCUGCUCACUGACCUUCCUCAUGACAUGCUGGAUGAUGACCUCUCCUCCCCUGACUGCAGUGAAGACGGCCUGGACGGACAACUACCCCGUUCUGAGCAGUUGGAGGCGGGUUGGAGUGAGCAUCAAGUGCUGCCCAAAUCACAAAGUGUAAAUGGCUUUUGUUCUCUUCUUGUAAUUAUGGCUAAUGAACCGCAGGGCUUGUAUGAAAAUCGAAGUAAAAAUGAAGACCGGCUGCUGGAGUAUCAUCUCGAAGAAGUUGGAGAUGAAGGUGGCAGUGGUUACAGUCCUCCAAGUAAAUACGAAGAGACUGACUUAUAUCGCCUUCCUGAGAACUUUAGGCCAUUUACCAGUGCUCAGAAGCAGGAAUUUAACAACCAGCCGACCAAUGUAAUUACCUUUUCAGAUCCUCAAAGGAACCAUUUUCAGAGUCCCAGUUGUCCAGCUUUGGAGCCAUAUAAAGUGACAUAUAAACCUUUUCAGAAUUCUUCUGCGCAGAAUAAUGGCUCACCAGCUGCAGAUAUGGCAAGAAGUGACCUAUUUGAAGGGCUGCAACAACAAUUUUUAGGUGUUAAUGAAAAUUCUGCAGAAAAUAUGCAGAUUAUCCAGCUUCAGGUUCUUAACAAAGCGAAGGAGAGACAACUAGACAACUUAGCUGAAAAGUUAAAUGAAAGUGAACGUCAGAUUCGGUAUCUGAACCACCAGCUUUUGAUAAUCAAAGAUGAAAAAGAUGGAUUGAACAUCAGCCUUCGGGAGUCCCAGAAACUCUUUCAGAAUGGAAAAGAAAGAGAGAUGCAGCUCGAAGCACAAAUCAAAACACUGGAGUCCCAGAUACAAGCCUUAAAAGCCAACGAGGAAAAGAUAAUCAAGAAAUCCAGGACGACAGAAAUGGCUCUGGAAAGCUUGAAGCAGCAACUGGCUGAUCUGCAUCAUUCCGAGUCACUUCAGCGAGCCAGGGAGCAGCAUGAGAGCGUUGUCUCGGGCCUCACGAAGAAGUACGAAGAGCAAGUGUUGUCCUUACAGAAGAACUUGGAUGCUACAGUGACUGCACUGAAGGAACAGGAAGAUGUUUGCUGUCAUCUGAAAGAUCAUGUAAAGCAAUUGGAAAGGAAUCAAGAAGAAAUCAAAUUAGAGAAGACUGAAAUCAUUAACAGGUUGACCAGAAGUCUAGAGGAGAGUCAAAACCAGUGUGCACACUUGCUGCAGUCGGGCUCAGUCCAGGAGGUGGCACAGCUACAGAUGCAGCUGCACCAGGCACAGAAGGCUUAUGCUCUGAGCGACAGCAUGAACAAGGCUUUGCAGGAAGAAUUAGCAGAACUAAAAGAAGAAAUAUCUCUUUAUGAGUCGGCUACAAAACUAGGAGUACUUCCAGCUGAUGCAGAAGGAGAAUUGAAUAUAGAACCCAGUGAAUCCUAUGUGGAUUUGGGCAUUAAAAAAGAUAACCAGAAGAAAGGCCGAGUGAACAGCAUGGUGCCGCAGGGAGACCCAGGUGAAGCUCUUUCGAAAGAUGAGGUUAUCGUGAAGUUGAAAGCAGAAGUGCAGCGUCUACUGGGGAGCAACUCAGUGAAGCGCCAGCUCGUGUCCCGGUUACAGAGCGACCUCAGGGGCUGUCAUCAGAAAAUCCAAGAACUCCAGCAGCUGAAGAAGGAUGAGAAAACCAACGGCGCUGAGCCUAACACAGAUACUCCGGAAAAAACAACAACUCAGUUAUGGCGUGACCCUUCUACAUGUGAUAAGAUCAUCAGAGAUGAUAUUUUGCAACUUAAAAAUGAAAUUCAAGUUUUACAACAGCAAAAUCAGGAACUUAAAGAAGCCGAAGACAAAUUGAGAACUACAAAUCAAGAUUUAUGCAAUCAGAUGAGGCAGAUGGUACAAGAUUUCGACCGUGAUAAACAAGAGGCGGUGGACAGGUGUGAGAGGACAUACCAGCAGCACCAUGAGGCCAUGAAAGCCCAGAUCCGUGAGAGCCUCCUGGCGAAGCACGCCUUGGAGAAGCAGCAGCUGUUUGAGGCUUAUGAAGGGACACACUCGCAGCUGAGGUCUGACUUAGACAAGAUCCAUAAGGAGAUGGCUGCCGUGCAGGAGUGUUACCUGGAAGUGUGCAGGGAGAAGGAUCAUCUGGAAGUGACCCUCAGGAAGACCUUUGAGAAGGAGCAAGAGGCCCAAGAGAAGAAGAUCAAACAAAAACUCAUCCAACAGCUUGAAAAGGAGUGGCAGAGUAAGCUGGAUCAAACUAUAAAGGCCCUGAAAAAGAGGACCUCUGAGUGUGGGAGCCAGACCGACCACGGAGUCACCCUUGAUGUGAUUUCCAAGAAGGAGAUGGCAGGCAUGAUAGAAGAACAGAAGCGAAAGAUCCAGCAAGACUUAGAACAUGAGAAAGAAACAGCCGUCAAGGGGGCGUUGAAGAAACUUGAGAUUGAAUUGGAACUCAAAUAUUGUGAAAAUAUUGCCAAACAGGUGGAAACAGCUGUGCAAAAUGCCCGUAAUCGAUGGCUGGAAGAGCUGCCUGAGCUCGCGGAGUAUAAAGCACGUGUCAGAGCAGAGCAGAAGAAGUGGGAGGAGCAACAGGAAGCAGCCGUGGCCAAGCGGAUAUCACUUGCUGUUUGCGAAGCUAAAGAGAACUGGAAAAGUGAGCUGGAAAAUAUGAAGAACCAUAUACUACCCGGAAAGGAGCUGGAAGAAAAGAUUCAUUCCCUUCAAAAGGAGCUCGAGUUAAAGAACGAGGAAGUCCCUGUAGCUCUCAGGGCUGAGCUGGCAAAGGCUCGCAGUGAAUGGAAUAAAGAAAAGCAAGAAGAAAUCCACAGACUUCAAGAACAAAAUGAGCAGGAUUACCGACAGUUCUUAAACGAUCAUCGAAAUAAAAUUGCCGAGGUCCUUGCAGCAGCCAAAGAAGACUUUGUCAGACAAAAAGCUGAACUGCUGCUGCAGAAGGAGACAGAACUACAGGCAUGUCUGGAGCAGAGUCGCAGAGAGUGGACCGUGCAGGAAGCCCGGCGGAUGCAACUGGAAGUCUACCAGUACGAGGAGGACGUCCUCACUGUGCUGGGCUUCCUCUUACGGGGUGCUCAGCAGGAGUAUGUCAGCGGCUCCGAGGACAAGCAGCUUGUGGAAAUCAUGUCCGUUUGUUCCUCCAAAUGGGUGUCUGUGCAGUAUUUUGAAAAGCUGAAGGCCUCCAUACAGAGAGCAUUUCAAGAUACGUUUUCCCUCCUUGCUGACAAUAUGAGCCUGGAGUGGGAAAAGGGGCGUAUGGCUAAGAUCUCCAUGGAUGCUGCCAAGGAUGGCACCGGCAGAGCAGCCCCAGCAGCCCUUCCCACGUCUAUGUCUGGACGCUGUGCCCAGCCAUUGCCGUGGCAAGAAGUGGAACCAGCAGCAGAAACUGAUAAGAAAAAGAGCCAUGAAAUUAAAGAUCUGUGCUGUGGACCCUGCUUUCAAGAACUUGGAAGGGCAAAGCAGGAAUGUCAAGAUCUGAAAAGAAAACUGGAGACAUGCCGUAGGCAUCUUCAGCAUUUAGAAAGGAAGCACAAGGCUGUAGUGGAAAAAAUUGGAGAAGAGAACAACAAAGUCGUUGAAGAAUUAAUAGAAGAAAACAAUGACAUGAAGAAUAAGCUGCAAGAAAUGCAAGCACUGUGUAAAGCACCACCAAGGUCUUUGUCAGAAGGGGCUGUUGAAAAUCCUUGCCCGCCGUGCAAUGUUGAAGCGUUGGAAGAACUCCGUGGACAGUACAUAAGAGCUGUAAAAAAAAUCAAGCGUGACAUGCUUCGUUACAUUCAGGAGAGCAAGGAAAGAGCUGCGGAAAUGGUCAAAGCAGAGGUGUUGCGAGAACGCCAAGACACUGCCCGCACGAUGCGCAAGUAUUAUUUGACUUGCCUCCAACAGAUUUUGCAGGAUAAUGGAGAAGAAAGGGCUGAAAAAAGGAUUAUGAAUGCUGCUAGCAAGCUCGCUACAAUGGCAAAAUUGCUUGAAACGCCUAUUUCUAAUAGAUCCCAGAGCAAAUGUGCACAGUCAGCACUACCCCCUGCUUCAGAGAUGCUGACUGGUGAUGAAAAAUCAAAAAGAAAUGAAGUGCAUCAGAAUGCAGCAGAUUGCAUUGAAAGCAGAUCAAAUAGCGUCCACACCAUCCCCAGGAGUGUGUGUGAGCAGGCUGCUAGGAGGAGGGCUGCUUGUGACUUACGAAGGCGAUUAGAGGCCUCAGAGCACCGGGACAUACAAAAUGCGGGUCCCAAAGGCUCCCACUCGGACUUCCAGUUUGGGGACAGCAGCGGCAAGCACCUACAUGUUUUGCCCAAGAACAUUCCUCCAGAGCUUGUUCCCCGUGGAGGAGAAGGUUUUGCUUUGCACCAGAAGGCAGACCCCCUCCGUGAUGGCCCUGGUUCUGACUCACCUCCGCCAGCAGCCACAUACUCCUUUCCUGGAAACUUUGGAAAGAAACCCUCACCUAGAUGUACCCCUGGUCUUCCUGAGUCAGGAUCCACACAUACCACCAGCUCUCAGAGUCCGAAGGAAAGGCCUGGCUGCAAAGUGCAAACACGGAAUUCACUCGCAGAGAGUGAAAAGACCGUGUCAGAGCCAAGUCACAGUGCGGGUAUUCGGGAACGCCCAGUCAAAGAUGGCGGGGACCUCCAGGACUCCUUGGGCUGGCGUUCCAACAGUGCAGCUUUACCCUGUGCUGCUCCUGAAACGUCCUUCUCAAAUGGGAGGUCGCAAGACACCCUGGAUGUGCCAGGCGAAUCUGUUCAUUCCAACCAGUUUUCAGCAACCAGUUGUCUUUCAGAUACAGAGAAACAUAACAUGGUUUGUCAACGAAUGAAAUGUCAGAGCGAUCGUGCUCCAAGCCUGUCAGAAGAAACCAAGUAUUCCUUGCUAGGGAAGAUCAGUGAGACUCUGGGACACCCAUCUCAUCCUAAGGUUGAUACAUUGAGGGCAGAUUUCCAGAAACUGAGCAGUACAGCACCAUCUCCGGUGCGUCGGCAGCCUUCAAGAAAGCUGAUUCUUCCCCUGGCUAAACAACAAGAUAGUGGCUUUGACAGCCCAUUUGUCAAUCUAGAUUAAUCAUUGUACAGUAUUUAAGAAUCAGUAACAGUGACAAAACUGGAAGGACAGACUAUACAGAAAAACUCUGGAUUUCUGCCUAUUGUGAUGUGUUGAGUAAAGCAUUUUCAUAAAAUUAUUUGGGAUAUUUAUGUUGCCUUCAAAGGCCCGGUGGUAUUUGUAUAAUGUGCUUCUGUGUGGUGCUUAGGGUUGCUAAACCAUAUAUUUUUAUACUUCUAAAUUGACUCACUCUAUAGUGUUAAAUUAUUUAAAUAAACUUGCCUAUGGUCUGUA